AUGAACCUCGACGCGCCUCCGGGCUAUGUCGAGUCUGCCAAUAGCUACUCACCAGAUUUCGGCCGCCAGAGCACAAGCACAAGCACGAGCAUCGCUUCACGUCCAGUGCCCGCCACUCCCGCAAAAGAGAACCAAUCUCCGUUCCAGUCAAAGUUGAAGACGGCACUGCAGGAGGCCAAGUAUCUGGCUGGCGGUCUCAUCAAUCACCCGUACGAGUCCACCAAGCAUUAUACGAUAUUACGCCACUCCCACGGGUUGGUCUACUAUAGUGGCCCUUAUACGAACUUGGCAAUCACCAUAUUCUCUGACCGAGAACUGCCCCCUGAUCGCACACUAUGGUUGCAACGGAAAGGAUUCUCCGGCAAAACUGGGCUCAAAAUUGGGGCACUCAUGGGUGCUAGAAGUACCUGGAUAGAUGUGACUCCGACCAUCAAAGCCACACCGGAUCAGCUCAAUCCCAACGAUGAACGUGCGUGGCAAAGGGACAUCAAGAAAUUCCUAAAACAUGCCCCCAAGGACAUUCGAAGCCACCGUGUGCGCGAGACCGACAUCCUCCGGAUCCCCAGUGACGCCGACGACGGCUACCUCCGGGUUGUGCUAUGCACUGCCGAAGGGAAGAAGGUGCUUUGCGGGAGUCCCAUCUUCCGGCUUGCAUCUUCGUCAACGGACGUCAGUACGAUCAGAGGUGCCUCGCUCAAGACCAUGCCUCUUGAGAUAGGUAUGAAGAUAGCCUCGGUUGUGGCCAACAACACGGUCACUGCCACUCUCAGCCCUGUCGCCGACACUGCACGAGGCUUUGUCACCGACCAAGUCACCCAGAUAUACCAGCCUGGUAUGGUAGCCCAAGAAGCCAUGACCACUGCAUACGAUUCACAGGUUCAGAGUCGCAUCGACAAUUUGAACGAACAGUAUGAUCAGGCCCGCGACGCCGCAUACAAUCCAAUCGGACAGGACACAUACGAUGCCCUUGCUCGCCCAGAUAUCAUUGGAGACGAUGCCGGGCCUGCUCCGCCAUUUCCCUUCCGGUUUCACGGAAGAGUCGUGCAGGGUACUGGAAAGAGCAAGGCUUUGCUGAACAUGCCUACUGCCAAUCUCAGCGGAGUCCCUGAGGAUGUUUUGUGGCGGUAUAAAGGGGUCUUCUUCGGCUGGGCUGCAGUGAGCAUGCCCAAUGCCGAUAGGAAAGCGGCCAUUGAGAAGGAUAUGCACAUUUCUGAACAGUGGCACAAAGCGAUCAUCAUCAUCUCGCCAGACCCGAAUAAGAAGCGAACAGUGGUAUACAAGAACACGGUGCGCGUUUACAUCAUGCAUGAUUUCCAGUCGGCUUCACUGCUGGACACCAAACUGUCGGUCAUCAUGAUGGGAUAUCUGCGCGCGGUGCAGGGGUUGGAACCCGGACAGGAGCUGGACAUCGAUGCGCAGCUGUUUGACUUCUACAAGGACAUCGCUAUUACCACGGCAAGUCUGGGUCGCCCUGCGUGGAGUGCAGCAGCGGCCCUGGAGCGGAUGAAAGCAGCUACAGCGACUCGAUCGUUAACGGACCGAUACGUCGAUUUGAGACAGAACGCUCAGAAGCACAUCGAUCGGGUGCCGGUGCACAAACUGGGAGUGCGGACGGAAGGGGCUGCACUGAAGGACAGAUUGGUUGGUAGAGGCGGUGUCUGGGUACCACGCCAGCCAUUGGCACACGCUUCCACUGCUUGA